AUGUUUUAAUUUGGAUAAUAUGUUAAAGGAUUAGGAUAAUAAUUAGAUUUAUAAAUUUGGAUAAACUUUAUAAUCUAAUUGAAUGAACUAGAUUACUAAUAGCAUCUGGAAGUUUAAAUCAUGAUGGAACUGUUUAAUUAACCGUCACAAUUUCAUCAACAACAGUCUCUACAUAUUAGGGAGAUAGUGCCUUUGAUUUAGGCAAUUAUGUAGCAAUAAAACUCAUAGUUGUUUAUACAGUACAAUAUGGUACCCAUAAUCAUAUAAAACCACUUUCUUAACUACUAUUAUGUCAUCAUUUUCCUCAAGAACUACUUCUUUAUAUAAUUUUAAUCUUUUUAUAUGUAUCUAAAUAAAAUUAUUUAUUAUGAAAUUAAUUGA